AUGAGCGGCUGGGCGGCGCCAACGACGAUUGAAAAGGGGCGAAAGCCCAACAAGACAAUUCCCGUACCUCCCGAAUAUCGUGUUGUCACGCUUGCGAGAGAGCGCGAUCUACUGGUCAAUGAAGUCUUGGUCAACACUGGUUGCACAGUCGUCCCGUACUCGGAACAAGGUCGUGUUACGCGUUUUGAGAUAUAUGGCGCUGCUGCAGAUGCUGCGGUUGCUAUGAUCAACAAGUGGAUCUCAAAGGCGCACGUCAAGUCCAAGGCUGCUUCGUCCUGGGCGAAGACGCCAGCGUUCAACGCCAAUGAUUGGUAUUAUGAGCAGAUCACGGAGAUGGAAUUGGAGCGCAAACAAAUGUUCAAGGGGCCAGUACCUGAGAUUGCUGAAGAUGCUCCCAAGAUGCACAGCGUCGUUGUUGACUGGCCAGAAGAUCUUCGGAACUAUCCCAUCACUCCUCGUGAUGCCUUUGGCAACAAACUCGAAGCUUUGAAUGAUCUCAGGAUGCGCGACGAGGUCUUCAUCACUCUGCUGCCGAAUAGGAAUGGUCUAUGGCAGGUCGAGAUCAAGGGCUUUGAGAACAAGAACGUUGAGACUGCAGAAGCACACUAUCGUAUCAUGAUUGACAAGGUUCGCGCAGACACUCUCGGAAUGCAACACAAUCUCAACCUGAUACUUGACGGAACCGAGGGUCUUGAUGUCCUGCUUGAGGAAGCCGAAGACUGGUUCCCGAACCGCACUGACAAGAUUGUCCCACGCCUCAUUCAUUCACCCAUGAUGUUUCAGAGAGGAUGUUUCAGAGAGGAUGGCCUGUAUCCUGCGCAAUACGCACAGAUUCAACGCUCUAUAAGGCAGGCUCUUGAGGCCGUUCGACGUAAGAAGGGCUCCUAUGACUUUGCCAUCCGCCUUGGAAGCUUGGUGCUUGGCUCAAAAAACGUGUCUGCUGACCAUAUUGGCAAAACUUUCCAGAGGGAUGAUUUUCUCCAUGCUGUCAAUUCUAGGGUUGAUCUUCUAGUCAAGAAGUGGGCGUUUGACACUGAGACUGGAUGGAAAAUGCUACACCGACUCAUGGCUGCUGUCCAUCUGCUCGAGCCAAGCAAGGCCGCUGGCUUCUUUGGAUUUCUUCCCCCUACGCUCGAAGAGACCCGGCCCAUGUUCCGCGGAACUUGGGUCUUCAGAGACCCUAAUGUGGCUGUCGCAAAGCCUGCUGUCGCACCCUUUCGCCAUGCAGGCAGACCCGCUCUUGCGCAGCCAGCAACCACCAGUGCUCCGGCAGCUCCAGCAACACCCAGCAGUCUGUUUGUUGUACAGGUUGAUUGGACAGAUGACGAAGAAGGUCUGUACGAGAAGCUCGAUACCCGUUUCUACAAGCUGGCAGCUGGAAAAAUGGGACCAAAUGUCAACAUGAACAUCAUCCUGCUCGAGUUGGGAGAGAGUCGUGGCUGGAGCUUUGCCCUCGAAUCUUUGAUGCCAGUCUCAACCAAACUCGUCUCACCUGCGCUGCAGGGCUUUGCUAAGAAUGUCACGAUGCAACCAAAGUACGAUAUUGAAUCAAAUGAAUGCUUCGCCCGCUGGGACGCCACACCGACAAUCAAGCAGUACCUUGUAACCUAUCGUCUGGACAAGAUCUACUCAUUUGGCAUCCAAGACACGUGCUACAAGGUCGAGCAUACAGCCAUGUGGUACGCUGGAAAGGAAAAAGCACCCGUCUGGGGCCUGGCCGUUCGUCAUGUAGAAUGGGCCGCUCAUCUUGCUGAGCUGGAGCGUCUGCCUGUUGGAGAUGAGGCGGCUUGGGGCGACACCAUUGCAACCUUUCUUCCUGACGACGGAUGCAUGUCUUCUAUAGACCCCGAUAGCAGCAAGAAGCAGACCAAACUGGACGGCGAAGAGAAGCAGGAUGAGCAUGCGCGCAAUGGGAUCCGUGUUCUCUUCCAGAAGGUGAUGCAGGUUUCUGAAGUUGUCAGCUUGGUUACUACUGCGACUGAUGGUGGGGUCUUGCUCGGAGAGUAG